AUGAAACAUUCUUAAUUAGUACACCUACUGUCCAAAUAACCUCAAUCUGUUGAUUAUUAAGGAGCUACUUAAAUGAGCACUCCUCGAGCCAAUUAGUAAUCAUAAUAAACAUUGAUAUUACCACAUAAAUUAACUACAUUGAGUACAGCUUACAGCAAGGAGUAAAGAUUAUUAACAGAGGGUAAUGAAGAUUUCGAAGUCUAAGUAAACUAAUUCAAUGUAAUAAGAAAAUAAAAGAUCUACAAAAUAGAUUGAUAUCUAGAUGUACUACGUUAGAAUUCCUUAUUUAAGUUAUUACAACACACAAAAAUGAAUUAAACAGUCUACCAACUAUCUAAAAAAUUGAAUAACUCUUACUUUCAAUUGUAAACACUAUUUAAAAUACAACCAAAAAUGAAAUCUAGUUAGGCUUUUUAAACAGAGAGUAAAAGAAAACUUCAAGUAUUCAAUUUUAUAAAUUUUAGUGUUUAAUAAGUAGGUAUUGAAAAAGGAGGUUGAAUUAUUUGAUAGGAAUAAGUCAUUACAAUAAGAAAUGGAGAUCAAUUCGACCAGAAGUAAUAAAUUGAUAGAAGAAAAUUAAAAAUUAUAAAAGUAAUUAAAAUAAGAAAAAAAUUUAAACGAAAUUAACGUCAAGAAAAUAGCUGCAUUAGAAAAGAGAAUUGAAUUUAUAGUAUCAAAUGAUAUCAAUAUUUUCGAAAUGAGAUCAAAUUUAACUAUUUUAAUGAAAGAAAAUGAAUAAUUGAAAAGAGAAUUGGAAAGAAAAAAUUAGGAAGUUGAGAGGAUUUAAGGAAAAUUAAAUUAAUAUCAAUUAGUAGUAAGUAGGUUACAAAAAACAAUUGAUAAUUUGAGAAAAAAGAAUGAAGAUGACGAAAUUAGAGGAUUUAUUAAGAAAGAUGAUGUUGAAUUGUUAAUGAAUUACAAAAUACCACAAAACUUGGAUUUUAGAAUAGUGUGUUAGAAAUUAGAUCAUCAAAACUUAUUAAAUGAUCUCUGUGAGAAAGGUGUUGUAAAUACGCUUUAACAAAUAUCUUAAUAAUCUCAGGAAGUCUAAAAACAGCAAAUCACUUAUUAUUGUAAUCAAUUACUGUCCUUUAAGGAUUUUUCUGAGAGAUUAAAUUAAUUGUUAUUACAAAUGGAGGAGUUCAACAAUUCCUAGACAAUAGAAGAUCUGAUUUUUUAUGUAAAUAGACAAUUACCUUAAGUAUUUAAAUGUGAGACAGCUAAAUUAUGGUUGUUAGAUUCUAAAAAUGGGUUGUUGUAUUCUUAUUUGGAAACUAGAUAAUAAAUAAAGGCAUUGCAGGAUAAAGGAUUAGUAGCAGAUACUUUCAAAAUGUAUUAGGCCUAAAACAUAGGUUAGAAACCUAAAAAGGCAAUAAUAUAUAGAAUAAAGGAGAGCGAAUAACCUGAAUACGGAAAAAAUGCAUUGAUAUUGCCAAUAUUUUGUAUAGGGUAGAAUAUCGUAAGAGGUAGUUUGAUAAUUUUGAAUUCGGAAUAGGAAUAGUUUUCUUUUGAUGAAGAAUACUUUGGAAUAAUUAUAAGCAGAUUUUUAGGAAUAAUAAUUCAAAGGUUAGUUGAUAAGGAAAGUUGGUAAAUAGCUUAAAAGUAUAGAAGUCUUAUGAUUAAUCAGUUAACAGAUAUUUUACGAUCUAAAACUAAAUAGAUAGCAAGUGACAGAAUCAAAUUAAGUUUUAAGAGGAUAUUUGGAUUUUAGAUGAUAAAAUUUUAUUUUGUGAUGAAUGAACAAUUGAUAAGUUUUGAGAAUCAAAAGGAGGAGAUCUUUUCAUUAGAUUAUGGAUUGGCAGGAAUGGCAGUGAGGAAUAAGUAGAGAUACAUAGUAAAUGAUAUCAAGAGGUCAAUAAAUUUUAAUCCAAAGGUUGAUUUGACAUCUAUUUUACCAAUUUUUAUUUAACCUUUAUUAAAUAAAUAGGAUGAAGUGAUAGGAGUAGUAGAGGUAUGAUAUUUUAAUGAAAUUUAGACUUGCUUAAAGAACAAGUUGUCGAUUGAUAUGGAGAGGGAACACUUAUUAGAGGUCAGUUAAAAUCUCUUUGGAAUAGAAGAACCAUUGACAAGUUAAUUGCAGAGUUAUGCGGAGUUAUUGGCAGGAACUUUAUCUAAUAUAGAAUUUUGA